UAAUCAACUUGCGAACAAUGGCUUUUCAUUGGCAACGAAAUUUGUUGCUUUUCAUUGUCUUAACGCUGCUUGUAAACUUAAGCAAAGCCCAGGAUGAUCCACCUAACGGUUCAGAAGAAGAAGAGGAAGAUGAUUCAUCAUCGGAAGAAACCGUAGAAGAUUCCAAUGAAUCGCAACGACGUCGUCGUCGCCGUCGUCGCUUAGCCGAAUCAUCCGACGAGGGUGAAAAAAUUGCUCAAAAUAUUUCAAAAAAUACCCGAACUAUACCGGGUCUACCCAAUUUAGAGGAUAUAACCAAAAUUGCGGAAAUCCUUACAACUGUUGGUCAGCAAAUUUUGCCGGCUUUAGUCUCAGUUUUUGGCUAAAAUUUGUAUAUUAUUUGGACCGGUAGUGAGACCCUGUACUGUACUGUAGUUGGCAGUUGGCUGGGAUUAAAGCUAUUGAAAUUCAAUAAAAAGAAAAUUGCACAACUUCACAUUAACGCGUCUAAUGUCUUCUUCUUCUUCUUCUUCUGCAUAAACUAUGAUUGAUAUCUUCUAGUCGAUAAAUUGAAUAAUAAAAUAUAUAUUUGCAAUAGUAAAGGUUCCUAAACCCGUCAGUGAACUCAUUUUUUAUUCGCUUUCGCUGAU